AUGACGCUCGCCACACGCUCGCCGGAAGCGCGCCGCGCGCUCGCCGCUCGCCGCGCGCUCGCCGCGCGCCGCGCGCUCGCCGUCGCGUCCUCGUCGGAGUCCGUUGCGGAGGAGGUGCUCGCCGUCGCGGCCUCGUCGGUGUUCGCGGACUCGGAUGAGACGUUCGCGGACGUCGAAGAGGUGGACAGCGCCAACAAGUAUGGGACCUUGCUGGAGGUGGUUCAGGUGCUGACCGAUCUGAAGCUGACCAUCAAUCGGGCCUACAUUUCCUCCGACGGCGAGUGGUUCAUGGACGUGUUCCAUGUCGUGGAUCAGGAUGGGAAUAAACUUUAUGAUGGCCAAGUCAUCGACAGAAUUGAACAGUCUCUGGGAGCGGGAUCGCUCAGCUUCCGGGGGCCGCCGGAGCGGCUGGUGGCCGUGGAGGCGGAGGCGGAGGAGGCGCAGACCGCCAUCGAGCUUGUCGGCCGGGACCGCCCGGGCCUGCUGUCGGAGGUGUUCGCGGUGCUGACGGACCUCAGGUGCAACAUCGUGGCGUCGGAGGUGUGGACGCACGACGGCCGCGUGGCGGCGCUGGUGUACGUGACGGACGCCGACACUCUGGGCGCCAUCGAGGACCCGGCGCGCCUGGACACGGUGAAGCGCCUGCUCCGCCACGUCCUGCGCGGGAGCAGCCGCGACAAGAAGGCCGCCCGCGCCGCCAUCUCGGCGGGCGUGGAGCACGCGCAGCGCCGGCUCCACCAGAUGAUGCAGGCGGACCGGAGCGUCCGCCGCGAGGGCGGGGUCGAGGGCGAGCGCGGCGAGGCGUCGGGCGCCCGCGCCGGCGGCGGCAUGCCGGCGGUCGCCGUGGAGGACUGCGCCGAGCGCGGGUACACGCUCGUCAACGUGCGGUGCCGCGACCGGCCCAAGCUGCUGUUCGACACGGUGUGCACGCUCACCGACAUGCAGUACGUGGUGUUCCACGGCACCGUCAUCGCCGAGGGCUCGGAGGCGUACCAGGAGUACUACAUCCGGCACCUCCGGCACCUCGACGACAGCGCCGGCAGCUCCGGCGAGGACCGCGACCGCCUCUGCCGCUGCCUCGAAGCCGCCAUCCAACGCCGCUACACCGAGGGGCUUCGGCUGGAGCUGUGCUGCGAGGACCGCGUCGGGCUGCUGUCCGACGUGACGCGCAUCUUCCGGGAGCACGGGCUGUCGGUGACGCACGCGGAGGUGGAGACGCGCGGGGCGCAAGCGGCCAACGUGUUCUACGUGGUGGACGCGUCGGGGGAGCCCGUGCAGGGGCAGGCCGUCGACGCCGUGCGCGCCGAGAUCGGCGAGCAGUUCCUCUUCGUCAGGGAGCAGCACGACGCCGCCGCCGGGGCCGGCGGGCCCAAGUCGCCGGUGGGCGGCGGCAGGCGCUCGCUCGGGAACAUGAUCAGGUCCCGCUCCGAGAAGUUCCUCUACAACCUAGGGCUCAUCCGGUCGUGCUCGUAG